UUUCCUUAUUCUUGAAAACUGAAUCUUGUUUCUCGCUUGCGUCUGAAGUUUCUGUGCAUAUAUCCCCUCUUCUAUCUUCUUGUUUUGCUAUAAUUCAACUCCCAUAAUGAGCCCAGCAAAGUUUCAGCAACACCAAAAUAACAUUCUCAAUAGUCUCCGUCCUUCUCCAUUGAAGAUCAACAAAGAUUCCCACCUCAUCCACAAGCUGUCUUCUUCUACGGAAGCUUCCAAUUCUUCAUCAACAUCCACUUCUGUAGUAGCCCCUGUUGGUGGUGAAGCAGGAGCCAAGCAGCUGCAACGAAACCAUCCAGUUAUUAUCUACACUUAUUCGCCUAAGGUUAUUCACACGGAAGCCAGGGAUUUCAUGGCUUUGGUGCAAAAACUCACGGGUCUUUCCAGCUCCAGCUAUGAUGAAACCAUAAAGCCAACCCAACAAGGCCAAGAGAGCGGCGGCGUUAACGUUACUAAUAAUAAUAGUAAGGAUUUAAAGGCCGCUGUUAGUACUGAUGAUAAGGAGUCCAUUCUUAAAGCACCCAAAAAUCGUUACUUGGCUGAUAUUCCACUUUUCACUCCAAAUUCGGUGGAUUUCUUUUGCUCCCCUAGGCCUGCACGUAGAACUGAUUCGGCUUAUGCAUCUUCAAGCAUGGCGGAUUCCAUAUCUCCAUCUGUUUUGAAGUUCAUGAAAGGGCUACCUGAAUAUUGACAUCAACUGAUCUAAUGGGAAAUGAGGAUCGAAGUCACUAAUGAAGUAUUCAACAACUGUAUUGACCCUAGGAGGUUUGGUUCUUUUAUGUUGUUUGAUCUUGAGUCUUCCUUUUCUCGAUAUGCAAAUUAAGAGAGAUGGGCAUGCAACCAUCUAAUAAUGUAAGUCUUAUGUUAAUUAAUUAAUUCAAUUUAUUCUUUGGC